AGCACUGUGAACGUUACGAGAUGCUGAUGAUGACAAGUGACAGGCGAUUGAUUUGGUGCCAUGUUCUCGAUAUGUUCUCAAGAUGGGUAGCUGCGUCUCUGUCGUUUCUCUCGGAUGUAGACUCGCUGACAUGCUGCGUUUUGAAGCCUUCCGCUUUCCCCUGCACUGCUUUUGCUGCAUCGAACCGAGUGAAUCGUUCUUCGUUCGAGUAGUCGUUCAGCUCAGGAAGGAGAGUUCCCAUUUCGCUCUCUCUUCCGUUUCCACUUCAACUUCCAGUUCAUGCACCUGAGCCGCUCUACUGCGAGACGGAGUUUCUCGUCUCCUGCGCUCGCUCCUCUUCCCUGCUCGGCUUUAAUUGUCGUGCUUCAUCGCAUCCGACGGUGGAGGUGACAGGCAGAAGCUUCAUGACCGUUAGAUGUCAAGUCUCACGAAUCUCGAGGACGACAUCAUACUCCCUCCCAAGAACAAUACCGAGGGCGGCACUUUUCCUGACCGCUUUUCUGGGCCCCGCGUGCGGGACCGUGGCGUGUUCCCGUACCGAGGCGGGUAGGCCCGUGGGUGACGAAUUUACAUGGAAUGUUGCGUUCGGAGCUCCUUUCACACCUACCGCCAUCGCCACGCGGUGCGGUGACUCAUACCGGCCGUUAACCCUUCGCUUCCCCUCUGAAGUCUUCGAGUGUCUUCUUUCGUCUCUCUCGCUCGCGCUAUCCGAUCCCAAAACCCCUCGUGAAUGCUCCGACCUUCUUCCUCGAUCCCGACGCGCAGCUCCGUCCUCCGUUCUCGUUCUCGCCUCAUAUUCCUCUUGCUCCUCGGCUGAUGUCGCGUUCCCGUUCUUGACCGAGCCCUCGAGGGACCGUUGCUGCGGGUUCUAUGUGAAAGGAAGAACAUUGGGUUCUCAGCAUUUCGCGAGGAGAAUGUACCAGAGUAGACGAUCGCGACGUCGGGAGGAGCCCCUGGACGCGGCGGAACGUAGCCGCAGUUGGAAUUGGGCGAGCCCAGCUCGUGCAGGAGGGCAGCAUUUUCAUAUCAGAAGACGACCAAAUGCGUCAAGGGGUGCAUUUGAUUCUGUUGAUUCUGCUUGUAACAUUGGGUUUUCUGCAGAAGAAAAUUCUUUUACUCUUGAAAUCAGGCAAAGCUCCUCCAAGAAAGCCAGUCAGAUUCCUAUAAGAGAGAUGAUGGUAUCAAACGAGAAAGAAAUUAAGCGUCCCUCACCAAAUUUAAUCGCAAGGCUGAUGGGUCUUGAUUCGCUCCCCUCUCCAGUGAGACAACAGAAAAAUAUGGAUUGUUAUUGUCAGACCUCAUCAUCUAUAGGCUUUUUGGAGAAUCAUGUACAUCCUGAGGACCAUUCAUACCAGAGGAGUGCCAUUGAGAACCAAGAGUUCAAAGAUGUUUUUGAAGUAACAGAAACAUCCAAAAAGAAGAAGCACAAGAAUUACUCUAACAAUGGUGGGAUGCUUAGUCACAGAGGAAAUAAAAUUGACAUGGAUCUUAUAAGGCAAAAAUCUAUGGUUAUAGAGCAUUUCUCAACCGAUGAAAUGCUUCAAAAUUCUAGAAAAUUCAAUGAUGCAGUUAAAGUCCCAGGCCAAAGCAAGGAUCUUUUCCUGGAACUUCUUCAAGAUCCCAAUUCUUUAUUUGCAAAGCAUCUUCGAGAUCUGAACCGAUCACCACCCUCACCUGAUCAAAGCAAGAUUACAAAUUUAAGACCGUCUAAAGGUACUAAGCAUUCAAGAAAUGAAGUUUGGUAUAAGUUUAGAUCAGAAAGAAAUCCUGAUAGGUGCUUUCCUAUGUCACAAGAAGUCACGGGAUCUUGUACAAUGCAUAUGACAAGACUUAACAAGCACUAUGUUGAAGAAAACAAUGGUUUUCUUUCACAUAAUUUAACUGCAUCACAUGUGGGCAAAACUGAAGUUGAUGUUCAUCCUGCUCAAAUUGUUAUCUUGAAACCUAACCUUGAAAAAUCCCAAAAGAUGGCAGAGGCUAAUUAUUUUCCCCAAGAGAGUUUCAGGUUUUGUUCCAAAAGGUGCAGAGAAAUUGCAGCAUCUGGAACUGACGAGUUACAUGACAACGAAAGCAGACAGAGGUUCCAUCACACACAGGUAUUUUGCCACAAAAUCAAGGGUUCAAGAGAGAUUCCUAAAGAAAUUAGGAGAAAGCUCAGGCACACUAUUAGCCAUACCAAUAAGGGUUCUACCUCAGAAAUGAAUCCAUAUGCUGGGAACAUGGACUCAUGUAGCUUUCCAGGAUUUUGUAGUCUCUACCACUCAGAAGCAAUUAGUCAGUCUCCUGGCCAUUUUGGUGAGUGUUGUAGCAGUAUCAGCCCCUCAUUGUCAUAUUCUACUGAAUCUUCUGUGAGCAGAGAGGCUCGAAGACGCCUGUGUGAAAGAUGGAAGUUAACCCAUGAGUUUCAGAAUAUGAGACUUAUUCCUCAUGGCUCAAGCACACUGGGGGAAAUUCUUGCACUAUCUGACAGAGAGGUACCAAAGGUUACCAUGGAGAUGUUAGAUGCUAAGAAAGUUUCAGAAGAAAAUUUGGCUAACAGUGAGGUACUUGGAAACAAGGACUGUCCAUUGGGUAUUAGCAGCAACAGUGGCUGCACAGAAGGGAGUUCCCGAUACUUACCAAGGUUAAAGUCACUUCCAGUUUCAUGUAGCCCUGAAUUGACCGACAGAAAACGAAAUGAAGGGAAUAGAAAAACUAUGAUCAAAGAUGUACGAGAUAUGAAACCAUCUGUCUCCUCAGAUGCAAGUUUUACUAAGCCUGGAAAACCACCACUAAAACCAUCUAAGCAUCAAACUCACAAGUAUAUGCAAACUUAUUCUAUUGGAGAGGAAAAUAUGCUACCUGAAUGGGAGAUUCAUGCUAAUUCAGAAGGAUUGAGAAAGAGUAUUCAUUUGAGACAUUUUGUUGACAAAAGGACAUUACACCCUUCACCUACUGAUUAUGGCAUUUCUGACAGAAGUCAGCUAAUAAGCAAUGCAUCGAUUCCAAUACUCAGAGAUGAGCCAUGGCAUUUGACUGCUCAAGAAGAACAGACAAUGCAAAGUGCAUAUCAAGAGUCAUUAGAGAAUGAAGGAUCAUAUGGCCACAUUAAGAAUGUUAUAGUGAUUGAGGGAACAUCAAACGACCAUCUGCAAGUGAAGCUGCUUCCAUCUGAAUCUGGUGUGGCUGAAUCACAUCCUCUAAGCUCCAAGAAGCUUGUUGAACAGCCAAGUCCAGUCUCUGUUCUAGAGACUCCAUCUGAAGAUAAAACCUACAGCUCAGAAUGCUUUGAAAGAUUGACUGCAGAUCUUAAGGAGCUGCGCAUGCAGCUUCAACUUCUCAAACUGGAGUCUGUCACUGCAUGUUCAGAAGAAACAGAUGUUCUCAUGCUGAGCGAAGAAGACUCUGCAAGCGACAGUCACAAGCGUCUGCCUUCAAGGGAGGUACAUCAACGAUUCAUAGAUGAUGAUGAUAGAGACUUCACGUACCUACUUGACAUGCUUAUAGAGUCAGGUAUCCAUGGUGUUGAUAACAAGAAGCUCGUGGGUGCCUGCUACUUGCUAGGUUACCCUGUGGACCAAAAUAUCUUCAGUAAAAUUGAGAAGAAGUAUGAAAAAAUUGCAUCAUGGUCAAGAUCAGAAAGAAAGUUUCUGUUUGAUCUUAUAAAUUGCACUCUAGCUGGUUUAGUCACCUCAUGCAUGGAUGCGCACCCAAGGGUAACAUCAAAGAUUUGUCAGCCAUCAUGGGAUGGUGCAGGCCUUGUUGAAGGUCUGUGGCAAAUGGUGGCCAAGCAAAAGAAGGAGGUGGAUUGCAAUCGAGAAAACAAGAUCCUGGAGCCAGGAUGGUUCUGCUUGGAAUAUGAUAUCGGCUUGAUUGCAACAGAGAUGGAGAGCUUGUUAAAUGAUGACCUCUUGGAGGAACUUGUCAGUGAGUUUGUCUCAGUUAGAGCUACACCGGAGUUGCUUUGGUGAAAGUAAUAGACAAGGCAAGGUGCAUCAGUCACUAAUCUAGCAACCAUGAUAAUGUUCAUAUUCUUUAAGCUGCAUCGUUGUAUCCAGUCGCUGCUCAGUAUUCCUGUCAGGAGGCAUCGACCAUGUAUGUUCUAGUCUCGUCAAUUCGGUUUAGUUACUUUUUGUAAUUCUUAGGGGAUCAUAUCUUCCAAAAGCUAGGUGGCAUCCGAGUUUAGGGCUUUGUUAAUACAAUUGCUAUGAUAUCAAAUGUCAAACUUACAUGUGUUGUAUGUAUAACUUACUCUUUAUCGAUUAAAUUGACGGCAGCAUGUCAUA